GUUUGGUUUCUGAUCGGGAUACGCCCUGCCCUACGCAGCCUGCGUCGCGUUGAAGGAACUUCUCGCACCAUGGGAAGCGCAGCGGCGGUCCCCGAAGAAGCCAAGAAGAUUAAGGAGAAGGAAUUGGAGGCACAUUGGGAGCUCGUGGCGAAGUUGGACAAGGACACGCUGAAGACGGUCCAAGCCGCGGUGAACAAAGCCGUCGAGGCCGGCGGCGGCGCCGAGAAGAAGGGCAGCAAGGCGCACAACGUCGAGGAUGCCACCGACAUGAAACGCGCCAUCUUCAUGUGGGACUACGACGUUGUUUCCGAAGCCUUGCAGGAAAUUGAACUUGCAGACAAGGUGCCCAUGGGUGCCGAGGGCUGUGACCUGCUCACGGACAAGGGGAUCUUCAAGGGCAAUGAUGCCAAGGAGUGGGAGAAGAUGAUGGGAAUGUGCGCGGUGAUGUUCUUCCAAGACCAAGUCAUGGCAGAGGUGCCAUACGUGCCUCCGGAGAGCGCCAAAGCCCAUGCUGUGUGGUUGUGGAGUGCAGCAGAGGUCGAGAAGAAUUUCAAGGAUAUCGAAGUGAAAGGAACGGACGGCAAGGAGGUGUUGGCGUAUUACUCGAAAGCGUCCGAGAAGGCCUCAGAUUUGAUCCAGAGCGAGGGCAAGAAGUUCAUGGAGGCCAUGGGAAAAUUCAAGGCGAAAUUCAACGAGGAUCCCGAUGGAGCACUCUGA